AGAUCAGUUGUGACGCUGGGCACGACUCUGACUCACAGUCCCAUGCAUGACCUUCCCCACUCGCCCUGGCCUGCCCCGCUUUCCCUCGGCGCGUCGUACUGACGCGUCGGUCAGGCGCUGCUGCCACGCCGCGUUGGCGGCGGCGUUCACUCGGCUGGACGCGCAUGCGCACUGGACUGUUCCGACGCAGUAGUGUUGGGGCGGUGGACCCGGUCGCUGCGUGAUUGGUGGACUUUGAAGUGUUCAGCGAGUUUCUGGCCGCGGGUCUCUUGCAGUGAGAAGUGAGGCGUCAUGUCGUACAACCCGUAUGGCGGACAGCAACAGGGUGGUCAGCCCGGCUACCCUCAGCCGGGGGGCUACCCGCAACCCGGGGGCUAUCCGCAGCCUGGCGGCUACCCACAGCCUGGGGGCUACCCGCAGCCGGGUGGCUACCCACAGCCGGGUGGCUACCCGCAGCCUGGCGGCUACCCACAGCCGACGGUGGAGCAGCCGGGUCAGAUGGGCGGCCUGAUGCCCCACCCGUCAGGCCCUCCCAACUGUCCGCCAGGCCUCGAGUACCUGACCCAGAUCGACCAGCUGCUGAUCCACCAGAAGUUUGAGAUGCUGGAGGCCUUCACCGGCUUCGAGACGGCCAAUAAGUAUACGGUCAAGAACAGCCUCGGUCAGAAAGUAUACUUUGCCGCCGAAGAUACCGACUGUUGCACGCGCAACUGCUGCGGCCCCAUGCGGCCGUUUGACAUGAAGAUCAUGGAUCACAAUCAGCGCGAGGUGAUCCACCUGGAUCGUCCGCUGCGCUGCCAGAGCUGCUGCUUCCCCUGCUGUCUGCAGGAGAUGGAGGUGCUCUCGGGACACUCUCUGCUCGGCAUCAUCAAACAAAACUGGUCCAUCUGCGCGCCGUCGUUCGACAUCAUGAACGAGGGCGGCAACACGGUGCUCAAGAUCGAGGGUCCCAUCUGCACGUGGUCGCUGUGCGGCGACGUCUCCUUCGACGUGCUCUCAGCUGACGGACGAGAGAAGGUCGGCAAAAUCACCAAGCAGUGGACCGGCUUGGCCAAGGAGGCGUUCACAGACGCCGACAACUUCGGCGUCAGCUUCCCCAUGGAUCUGGAUGUCAAGAUGAAGGCUACCAUGCUCGGUGCCGCUUUUCUCAUCGAUUUCAUGUUCUUCGAAAAGGCACAAAAUAAGGAGAGCGACGGCGUGGGAAUGUUCUAAAUACGUUGAUACGGCUGCUGAUGGAACUUUUACGCAUAUGCGGAGGAGUUUUAAUUGUCGUGUCUGUGCCAAUCAUUGUGCAAAUGCACAGGGUAAUGAGCUACUUCUCGAGAUAUACGUAAUCGUCUUAAUAAUUGAACGAGUUACGGGGUGAGGAUGGUGGUUUUGUUUGGGAAAUUUUGACGAAGGCUUAUUACGUGUCGCAUUGCCUUUGCCUAAAUGUGCCAGUAAAGAAAGUGACUUAAGUCACGUUGUGUGUGAUGUUUCGCGCUGAACGACAACUUGGGAUUUUACAGGUUUGAAAAGGUACCGUCCAAUCCACGGAAUAUGCGUGUAUGCGCCCUAUCUUUGUAUUAAUGGCUUGUCAACUCAUGCGUUAUCAGAUAUACGCUGUGGCUAAAAGAGGCUGUAAAUAUAGUUAGCUUUGCCUUAGAUGGAGUUGGAUGUUGACUUCCUUACUUCGCUAACGAUCGAAGCAUGUCCUAAGUUGCUGUCAGGAACGUUUAAUUUUGAACCACUUCUCCAUGGGUAACAUUUUUGUCGUUAGUUCAUAUUCACGUCGUCUUAAGAAACGAUGUUUGCUACACAUUUUGAGGGUACGACUUAGUUUAGUUUCAUGUGAAGGUGUGAUUCUUGAUUCUUGUGAUUACUUAUCUUUCGCACUUGUAUGUGAUCCUACCUGGUCGAAAUGAAUGAUGGGUAAUAUUCCAAGGUUGAUGAUGCAUGUAGCAAUUAGUAUUCAGUGUUAAUGUCUGUGCAGCUGUGUUCUGAAUGUGAAAAAGGUAUUGGCUACAUGACCCAAAUGGUUAGGCUGCUGAGUGCUGAAUGCUUAUUCACCAAAAGUUGAGCUGUUUAACAUCAUUUAAAUGUCCAGUGUCGCAAGCUUAUUACAUUGAUGGAAAACAAUCUCAAGGCCAUGAGAGUUGUUGCUGUAGGUCUAAGCAAGAUAUAUUUUAAGUCGAGAACCUGUGGAUUAUGCUAAUUCUUUCCAUGAAAUACAAGAUGAACAUUGUA